CGGCGCUCGGCGAUGACGUCAGCUCCGGUUGCCGUGCGGAGUCGGAAGUGGGACCCUGUCGGCCCCUGGGCCUCUGCCGUGUUGGCUGUCGCUGCUGGCCCCUGAGGCUCUGCCCCUCCCCCCAGAGCUGAAUGGAGGAUACCUUAAAGUGAAAUGACAGACCAGGAGAACAACAACAACAUCUCAAGUAACCCCUUUGCUGCUCUUUUUGGCUCCCUGGCCGAUGCCAAGCAGUUUGCAGCAAUCCAGAAAGAGCAGCUGAAGCAGCAAUCUGAUGAGCUCCCAGCAAGCCCAGAUGACUCGGAUAAUAGUGUGUCAGAGAGCCUGGAUGAAUUUGAUUACUCUGUGGCUGAGAUCAGCCGCUCAUUCCGGUCACAGCAAGAAAUAUGUGAGCAACUCAACAUCAAUCACAUGAUCCAAAGGAUCUUCCUCAUUACUCUGGACAACAGUGAUCCCAGCUUGAAAAGUGGGAAUGGCAUCCCCAGUCGUUGUGUGUAUUUGGAAGAAAUGGCAGUAGAGCUGGAAGAUCAAGACUGGCUUGAUAUGAGCAACGUUGAACAGGCCAUCUUUGCUCGAUUAUUACUUCAAGAUCCAGGAAACCACUUGAUUAACAUGACUUCUUCUACAACAUUAAAUCUCUCUGCUGAUCGAGAUGCAGGGGAGAGGCACAUUUUUUGUUACCUGUACUCCUGCUUCCAAAGAGCUAAGGAGGAGAUUACCAAAGUUCCAGAGAACCUGCUACCCUUUGCAGUACAGUGCAGAAACCUCACUGUGUCCAAUACUCGAACAGUUCUCCUCACCCCAGAGAUCUAUGUUGACCAAAACAUUCAUGAGCAACUGGUAGAUUUGAUGUUGGAAGCCAUCCAAGGAGCCCAUUUUGAAGAUGUCACUGAGUUUUUAGAAGAGAUUAUUGAAGCUUUGCUAUUGGAUGAGGAAGUUCGAACAUUUCCUGAAGUCAUGAUUCCAGUGUUUGAUAUUUUAUUGAGCCGAAUAAAAGAUCUAGAGCUCUGCCAGAUCCUGUUGUACACAUAUCUGGACAUUCUUCUCUAUUUCACUAAACAAAAGGAUAUGGCAAAGGUUUUUGUUGAGUACAUUCAGCCCAAGGACCCUAACAAUGGGCAAAUGUACCAGAAGACCUUGCUGGGCAUCAUUCUGAAUAUCUCCUGCUUGUUAAAGACUCCCGGUGUAGUAGAAAAUCAUGGCUACUUCCUGAAUCCAUCUCGUUCCAGUCCUCAGGAGAUCAAAGUACAAGAAGCCAACAUCCAUCAGUUCAUGGCUCAGUUCCAUGAAAAGAUCUACCAGAUGCUGAAGAACUUACUCCAGCUCUCUCCAGAAACCAAACACUGUAUCUUGUCCUGGCUUGGAAACUGUUUGCAUGCAAAUGCAGGCCGCACCAAGAUUUGGGCCAAUCAGAUGCCAGAAAUCUUCUUCCAAAUGUAUGCCUCGGAUGCCUUCUUUCUGAAUCUGGGUGCUGCUCUCCUGAAGCUAUGCCAGCCAUUUUGCAAACCCAGAUCCUCUCGGCUCCUCACCUUUAAUCCCACUUACUGUGCCCUGAAGGAGUUGAAUGAUGAAGAACGAAAAAUUAAAAAUGUACACAUGAGAGGUUUGGACAAAGAAACCUGCUUGAUCCCGGUUGUGCAUGAGCAGCCGUUUCCCCAGAGCUACAACCUUGUAACAGAGAACCUUGCCCUGACAGAAUAUACCUUGUACUUGGGAUUUCACAGGUUGCAUGAUCAGAUGGUAAAAAUCAACCAAAACCUGCACCGGCUGCAGGUGGCCUGGCGGGACGCGCAGCAGAGCUCUAGCCCUGCUGCUGACAAUCUCCGGGAGCAGUUUGAACGGCUGAUGACCAUCUAUCUUUCCACCAAGACGGCCAUGACUGAGCCACAGAUGCUGCAGAACUGCCUCAAUUUGCAGGUGUCCAUGGCUGUUCUGCUAGUUCAACUGGCCAUAGGCAAUGAGGGCUCCCAGCCAAAAGAGCUGACUUUUCCUUUGCCAGAUGGCUACGGCUCUUUGGCAUAUGUGCCAGAAUUUUUUGCAGAUAACCUGGGUGAUUUCCUCAUUUUUCUGCGCCGCUUUGCUGAUGACAUCUUGGAGACAUCAGCAGAUUCCCUGGAGCAUGUCCUUUGCUUCAUCACAAUUUUUACUGGAAGUGUAGAAAGAAUGAAGAAUCCCCACCUAAGAGCCAAGCUGGCCGAAGUAUUAGAAGCAGUGAUGCCUCACCUGGAUCAGACCCCAAACCCUUUGGUAUCCAGUGUAUUCCACCGGAAACGUGUGUUCUGCAACUUUUCAUAUGCACCCCAACUUGCAGAAGCCCUAAUCAAGGUUUUUGUGGACAUUGAAUUUACAGGUGACCCCCAUCAAUUUGAACAGAAGUUUAAUUACCGCCGCCCCAUGUAUCCCAUCCUAAAAUACAUGUGGGCAACAGAUAGCUAUCGGGAAAGCAUUAAGGAUUUGGCUGACUUUGCCUCUAAGAAUUUAGAAGCCAUGAAUCCCCCACUUUUCCUCCGCUUUCUUAACCUGCUAAUGAAUGAUGCCAUCUUUCUUUUGGAUGAAGCUAUACAGUAUUUGAGUAAGAUAAAGAUUCAACAGAUUGAGAAGGACCGAGGUGAAUGGGAUAGCCUGACGCCAGAAGCCCGCCGAGAGAAAGAGGCUGGUCUUCAGAUGUUUGGGCAGCUGGCACGUUUUCAUAACAUCAUGUCCAAUGAGACGAUUGGUACUCUUGCCUUCCUGACAUCAGAGAUCAAGUCACUGUUCGUGCACCCCUUCCUGGCUGAGCGCAUCAUCUCCAUGCUGAACUACUUCCUGCAGCACCUGGUUGGCCCCAAGAUGGGUGCCUUAAAAGUCAAGGACUUCAGUGAAUUUGACUUCAAACCCCAGCAGCUUGUAUCUGAUAUCUGCACUAUCUACUUAAAUCUUGGGGAUGAGGAAAACUUCUGUGCCACCGUGCCCAAGGAUGGACGUUCCUAUUCCCCUACCCUCUUUGCACAGACAGUCCGAGUCCUGAAGAAAAUAAACAAGCCUGGGAAUAUGAUUGUGGCUUUCAGCAAUUUGGCAGAGAGAAUCAAGUCUCUUGCAGACCUCCAGCAACAAGAAGAGGAGACCUAUGCAGAUGCCUGUGAUGAGUUUUUGGAUCCGAUCAUGAGCACACUAAUGUCUGAUCCUGUGGUGCUUCCAUCUUCCAGAGUCACUGUAGAUAGGUCCACCAUUGCCAGACAUUUGCUCAGUGACCAAACAGAUCCUUUUAACCGAAGUCCCCUUACCAUGGACCAGAUCCGGCCAAACACUGAACUCAAGGAAAAAAUUCAACGGUGGCUCGCAGAGAGGAAACAACAAAAGGAGCAACUUGAAUAAAUACUGUGAACCAAACCAACCAAAACCAACCCGGAGUGUAGAUGAACAGCUGUUUGCGGUUUCUCAUUCUGGUUCUCUUCCUUUCCUUCUUCCUUCCUUUCUUUAGUUGUCUUUUGUUUUGUGUUUGUUUCUUUUACUAAAUUAAAGAAUUGCUCUUGCUCAAAUUAUGAUAAUUAAGAUUUCUAAGAACUUGUCAGGUUUUCCUCGGCUUGCAGGAAACUAUGCUUCUUACAGCAUCCUAACUUCAGAACUCAUCACUUGUCAGUCUUUGUUUUCCUAUCCCUUCUUCUUUCCUUAAAUUAUAUUAAGUUCAAGCUGGGUGUGGUGGCACAUGCCUUUAAUCCCAGUACUUGGGAAGCAGAGGUAGGAGGAUUGCCAUGAGUUCAAGGCUACCCUGAGACUACAUAGUGAAUUCCAGGUCAGCCUGGGCUAGAGCAAGACCCUACCUCAAAAAAAAAGAUUAUAUUAAAAUGUCUUGCUACAUUUUAAGUCUAUGAUGUCAAAUGUUUCAAUGAAAGUGAUAUCAGAAAGCCCUGUGUUACCCUAUGUACAUAUUUAUUAGUCCUUAUGAUCUGGAUUUAAACCAUUGUCCUUACUAUAGCUCUGUAAGAUUACAGAAUAACUGCACAUAAAAGCAAAUACUUUGAUACUUGUAUAGAUUUUUGAAUGCUUGGUAAGGAAAAAAGAAAGAAAUGCAAUUUCUGUUGGUGGUCUUAAUUUUGUGUUAUCUUGUAACUUAGAUGUAUCAUUGCAGACAGGCAUUUCUAUGAGGUUAUCACCACCAAAAGUUUGGUUCCUCAGUCUUUUUAUAAGGAUUAGUAAUGGGGCAAAGUUCCAGUUUUGACACUUUAGCCAAAAAAAUUCUGAGGUAAAAGAAUAAAUAGAAAGCUGUUGGACCCUUUCUCUUACGAAAAUCUGGUGCUUCAAGGAAUAAGCCUGGGUAGAAGCGUGUGGCAAUAAAUACUAUAACCAUGAAAUAGUUAUUUUAAGGCACUACUGCUAGUAUAUUUCAUUGUCCAUUUUUAUAUUGGUCUUGUGUAAACAGUACAACUUUACCUUGCCUCCUCCAAAAUGAGAUGGGCGUAGUACAUGCCCAUGUUUACUCACAUACUUUAGACAGUAAAACCUGUGGUUAUAGUCGGUCAUGGUGGCACACACCUUUAAUCCCAGCACUUGAGAGGCAGAAGUAGGAGGAUCGCUGUGAGUUCAAGGCCACCCUGAGAUUACAUAGGGAAUUCCAGGUCAGCCUGUGCUAGAGUGAGACCCUACUGCAAUCUGCCUUCUUUGAGCUGCUUAUAAUAUAGCCUUAGUUCACCAGUAACAAGUAAGAAUUGAGCAAAACCUUGUCCACUAGCCAUUCUAAAUAUCCACUUAGCCCUGAAUAGUUAAUAAGUGUGUUGACUUACCUCCCCCCUUUUCCAAGCUGAUCUAGAGUUCCUACACAAUUGUGCAGCUUAUAAUGCUAUGUGAGACUCAGUCCUCUGUGGAUUGUCUUCAGUAUCCAUCUAAGCCCAGAGACAUAAGGAACAGCAAAGUUAUAUGAUGUAGGAAAGGAUCAUUGCUUCCAUUAGAGGGCAUUAUUGUUAACCACAGCCUCUUUCAAAUAAAAUAGUAACAUUACCCUAUCCCAACACAAAUUGCUAUAGGCAAUCCUUAGUGUAUUUUUGAUGGAAUCAGCUGGAAAGCAUUAAAUAAGAGAGGGCCCCUCAUCCUGGAUAUUAAAUAAAUGUUGCAUUGCUAUGCUAUCAAUGGAAAGGGAAUCCUGGGACACUUGUGCAAAUACCAGAAUGGAAGGUGAAUUCAGUGUGCUCCCCAGGCCUUUAAGGUAUCGACAUUUCUCUAAAUGAUUCGUAUUUAUUCUCCUUCCCUCUCUGUGUGAAACAAGAUUCACCAACUUGCACUGAUUUUCCAAAGCUAAUGUGGUUGGAUAUUGUUAUUUUAAAAGGAAGUGGGGAAGACCAGAGUUUUGCAAGAGAAAAUUGGAGGAAAAUGGGCACAAAACCUCAAAAGGCAGCUGUUCCCAGCCACUUCUAGCUCACAACCUCUACGCUGCCUCUAGUGUUUGUCUAAAUUGUACUUCGGAACUGAGCUUUCAGAUUUGCAAGCCUUUUCUGGCAAGCUUUUUGUUUUUAGCAGCUCCUUUCCUGGCUCGUCUUAUGUAUGGCUAUGGCACCAUUAAUGCUGCUGAUGUCCUUCAGCACAUCACAAAGCCAGUGUGUAGCUUAAGGCCACUAUUGGUAAGGAAACCAAGUGUCCUCUGUGCCUUCUUUUGUGAACUAAUUUAAGGACAUCCCCCCCAAAAAAAACUAAAACAUCACCAUCUUCAUAUAUAUAUGGUGCAUAUAUGUGCAUGUGGAAAAUAAAGAGGUAUUUUGUCUAGAACUCAAUAGCAGCUGUAGAGAUCUGAUAGACUUUCUGACAUACCUAGCUUUACAUGUUGGCUUUGUGGGAAGAUGAAAGAAAUAUAAAGACUUUAAUUAGCUCUAAUAUUGCUCAUAAUUUAGCAAGAGGAUAAUACUAAACUUGGGAAAUUUGGAUUUAUUAAGCAGUCAGUUGUUUGCUUUUGUUUUUUAAGUAUAUCUCUUACUUGGUAUGUGGAAACUGAAGGAAAUUUUAGAAGUCUGAUGGUGAGGUUGAAGGUGCCAGCUGCUGUUUGGUAUCACAUCUACAAAGUCUUUAUUUGAUUCUGGUUGCUAAGCGGCCAUUGGGCAAAGCAUAGGUCUUCUGGGUGCCUUUACAAGCAGAGGCUGAUGGUGCCCUGUUGUCAUGUGAGGAAAUAAUAAUGCGCAUGCUCUAAGUGCUGAACAGGGAAAAAGCCGAGAGAAAGAAUAUGAAAACAAAGCAGUUGACUGAAACCAAACUUGAUCAACCUAACUGUAUUUUGAAACAUUCCAGGAAGGUUACUUCUUGUCAGGUUCAACUUGCCUGGGGGUGUUUGUUCAAAACUUGUAUUUAAUAAAUGAGCACUUGACUUCC